UUAUAAAAAAAAUGAGUUUACCACUAUCAGAGCAUUAACUGAUAUAUGCAUGUACGUUGCACAACUUUCUUAACAUAUAAUUGCACUAAAAUGUACUUAAUUUCCCCCUUUCUCCCAAUGUAGAGCUGAAACAAAAAGCCCCUGUAAAACUUAGUUGACAUUCAGUUCAUCUGAAAUAGGGUGAAUAGCAAUGGAAAUAGAAAAUGAGCAGACAGAAAACAUCAGUUCCACAGAAUUAGAUAAUUUGAGUGAUACUCCAUUUUCUGGUGAUGAGGAAAAUGCUGGGAGUGAAGAAAUAAAAACUGAAAUCAAUGGUAACUGGAUCCCUGCAACAUCUAUUAAUGAAGCGAAAAUCAAUGCUAGAGCAAAGAGGAGGCUGAGAAAAAAUUCCUCUAGAGACUCUGGAAGAGGUGACUCAGUGAGUGAUAAUGGAGAACCACCGAAAAGUGGAGUCAUUGUGCCAACAAGUCCAAAGGGAAAGUAUUUGGACAGGCGAUCUCGUUCUGGAAAGGGAAGGGGCUUACCAAAGAAAGGUGGUGCAGGAGGCAAAGGUGUGUGGGGACCACCUGGGCAAGUAUAUGAUUUGGAUGAAGUGGAUAUUAAAGAUCCCAACUAUGAUGAUGACCAGGAUAACUGUGUCUAUGAAACUGUCGUCCUGCCUUUGGAUGAAAGAGCAUUUAACAAAACGCUAACACCAAUUAUUCAGGAAUAUUUUGAACAUGGGGAUACUAAUGAAGUUGCGGAGAUGCUGAAAGAGCUUAAUCUUGGGGAAAUGAAGUACAGUGUACCAGUGUUGGCUGUAUCAUUAGCAUUAGAGGGGAAGGCUAGUCACAGAGAGAUGACCUCUAAACUUCUUGCUGACUUGUAUGGGACAAUAUUCAGCAGACAGGAUGUGGAAAAAUCAUUUGACCGGCUUCUUAGAGAUCUGCCAGAAUUAGUACUGGAUACUCCCAGAGCACCACAGUUGGUGGGUCAGUUUAUAGCAAGAGCAGUUGGAGAUGGGAUUCUGUACAGUAGUUACAUAGACGGAUACAGAGGCACUGUGGACUGUGUCCAUGCACGGGCUGCCCUGGAUCGAGCUACUGUAUUGCUAAGUAUGACCAAAGGUGGGAAACGUGUAGACAAUGUUUGGGGAUCAGGAGGUGGGCAACAGUCUGUCAACCAUCUUGUUAAAGAGAUUGAUAUGCUGUUAAAAGAAUACCUUCUUUCUGGAGAUGUUUCUGAAGCAGAACGUUGUCUUCAGGAGUUAGAAGUACCCCAUUUUCACCAUGAACUUGUUUAUGAAGCAGUUGUGAUGGUUUUAGAAUCAACUGGAGACACAAAUUUUAAAAUGAUGCUCGAUUUGUUGAAAUCCCUCUGGAGAUCUGCUGUCAUUACCACGGACCAAAUGAAAAGAGGUUAUGAACGAAUUUACCGUGAAAUACCAGACAUCAAUCUUGAUGUGCCACAUUCGUACUCUGUGCUUGAACGGUUUGUAGAGGAAUGCUUUAGUGCAGGAAUAAUAUCGAAACCAUUAAGAGAUCUCUGUCCUUCCAGGUUGGCAGCUGCCUUAUUUUCUUGCCCUGCAGUGCAGGUUAUCCUAGAAGCAAGAAUGGGGUUUGACAGCUGGGAACCUCCAACCCAAACUUCUAAGGAUGUUAAAUUUCCAUCUAUAUACGAAGCUAUGCUUUGGAACUAAAUGACUUCUGAAGAUCACUACACAGCUUGUGUUCUCAUACUGCUUCUCUGUGCUCUCAGGCUUAAAUAUAUUGCCAGACUUCUCCUGAGCUAUAUUUUCUUUUGUUUUCUUUUCACUUGUGUAAGAAUGGUGGAGAACAGAAGAAAUUGCAGUUGUUAAAUCACUUUAAUUUAUAUAAUGUGACUGAAACAUUGUUUGAUUAUUCUUAGAUUUCUGCAAAGUAAAACAAAAUGAUUUUCAAGCAAAACUAAUUUUGACAGAAGUUGAUUUUCUCAUUUCUAUAUGGUUAUGGAUGAAAGUGCUAAUCACGGCUAAUUCUGGAAUUUCAUUCUUAGGCUUAAAGGUGCAGGGCUUGUCCUUUUGCAUCUUCCUUACUCAUGCUAUUAUAUCUUUUCAUUGUGGUCUCUGUGCAUUACAUAUAUUUAUGACUUUGCAAAGCUUUUCUUUGGAAUAUUCUUGACCUAAGCUUUUAGUUGCAAAACUCCAUCAGUUUUUCUGUUCCUAAUGUACUAAGAGCAAACAAAACUAACUUAACUACACAACUUUUUGCUUGUAGAAUUUUAUUUUUAUUAGUGGUGAACUCCCACUGUCAAUAAAACCAAUGAAGAUUAGAGGAGAUACUGAAAACAUAUUGUGUAUUUAA